AUGCAGCGCGCCGCCGAAAACCCCGCCAACCUCGGCAAUGCUACAGGAGCAGGCGACGCUCUAGACUUUUAUGUCGGAACCUUUAACCUCCCCUACAUCUUUUCCCUGCGCUUCAACCCAAACGGGAACCAACUGCAUGUCCUCCGCAUUAGCGAGGCCACCGGCCCUCACUCAUGGCUCUCGCUCUCCCCGGACCAGCGGACCCUGUACACAACGGCCUGGACGAAGCCGACGUGUAGCGUCGCCGCGUAUCGGAACCACGGCUCGACGCAGCAGCUGGAGUUGCUGGGCUCCCGGCCCGUCCGGAACAAGCCGGGCUACGUCACCGCCUCCAGCUCGCACAUCUUCAGCGUCGGCGGCCCGACGGGCGAGGUCUUUCGGGUCGAGCACGGCGGCGGGAUAGGCCCCCUCGCGCAGGAACUGGACUUUGCCGGCGGCCAAGAGGCAGACGCCCCGAAGGCGCCGGAUGCCGUCCCCCACGGCGAUUUCGGCGGACUCCGCCACGGGGCACACGGCUGCGACCUCGGCCCCGACGGCCGCACGCUCUACGUCGCCGACAUUGGGAGAAACUGCACGUGGACGUUUUCCGUCGACGGCACGGGCCGGCGAGUGCUUCACGACCAGCGGCGGCACGCGGCGCCCAGGGACGACGACGGCCCGCGACACGCCUGGCCGCACCCCAACGGGGACGUGCUCUACGUUGUCCAGGAGCACAGCAGCAUCGUCGACGUCUUUCGCAUACAGAGAGACGCGCAGGGUGCCGUCGCCGCGCUGCGUCACGUCCAGGCCGCGAGCCUCUUGCCACAGGGGAAAAACGCCCGCGACUACUGGGCCGACGAGGUCCGGCUCUCCGGCACGCCUGGCGGCGCCGGCCCCGAGUACCUGUUUGCGUCUACGAGGGGCCUCGAGAGCCGCACCAGGGGCUACGUGUGCGCCUUUGCGCUGAACCGGGACGGCACCUUGAAGCGGACCGCCGCCGUCGACAUUUGGGAGACGCCGACGAGCGGCGGCAUCGCCAACGCCAUUGAGCCCGCGCCGUGGCAGGUCAGAUUGGCGCACAGCGACUUGCCGCAGCACAUCAUGGCCAUGACGGAUAGCGAGGCUGGCAAAGUGUUUGUUCUCGGCUUUGACGGCGCCAAAAUCAGCAUGGUGAGCUCCAUCACCUUGGAGGCGCCGGCGGGCGAGGACGACCAUCGGGGGCUGGUUGAACCGGCCACGGCUGUCUGGGUGAGGCCGAGAUAA